UGAGAGACUUUCACUUUCACUUUGGAGCAUAGAAGCUUGAAGUUCAGAAUGUUUAAAGUUGGCUUGAGAUUUUUAAGAAAGAAGUACAGAAGUGGUAUCCAAAAUACGAGAGUAAGAGCAUGGAAAAACUUAAGGCUGUGGGCAGAGUCUAAGGGAAAAGUGAGAACUGGAGGGUUCUGAGAAAUAAGUGUUUUUCCUGUUUAUCGCCACCGCGGAAGGUCGAGGAGUUUGGAGAGGUGAGAAAUUUGGCCGAAGCUAUAGAGAUAGGGCAGGUUCUGGGAAUAAAAAGCGAAGGGGAUACGUUUAAAAUAAAGUGAGAGGCAGAAAUAAAGGGACCUGAGCCUUAGAAAAAUAGAGUAUGAUUCUGGAAUACCCCUUAACUCUGGGCUAUGGCCCCACCAGUCACUGAGCACUUAUGAAGGGCUGCAGUAACACUACCCUCAACCGCUCCUUCAGAGUUGACACUGUGAAGCUCCAACAUAGAUACCAGCAACUACAGCGCCUUGUCCACCCAGAUUUCUUCAGCCAGAGGUCUCAGAAUGAAAAGGACUUCUCAGAGAAGCAUUCAACCAUUGUCAAUGAGGCCUAUAAGACCCUUCUGGCCCCCCUGAGCAGGGGACUAUACCUUCUAAAGCUCCAUGGAGUAGAGAUUCCCGAAGGGACAGACUAUGAGCUGGAUAGUCAAUUCCUCACGGAAAUAAUGGAAAUCAAUGAAAAACUUGCAGAAGCUCAAGGUGAAACUGCCAUGAAAGAGAUUGAAUCUAUUGUCAGAGCUAAACAGAAAGAACUGACUGAUGAUGUGAGCAGAGCUUUUGAAAGAGACAAUUUUGAAAAAGCCAAGGAACUCUUAACAAAGAUGAGAUACUUUUCAAACGUUGAAGAAAAGAUUAAGUUAAAGAAGAUUCCCCUCUAAUGGUUGCUAAUAUUAAAGUUUCAAAAAAUAAAGUUCUUACCUAUUUCUCUUCUG